UAAAUAUUUAGAUUUGUUACUGUGUCUAGUAUGCCCGUGAUUGAUGUUGACCAGUUCUGUGUUUCUGAGAACGUAUGACUAAAACAGGACAUAAAAUAGGAAUUUACUUGUCGCCUGGUAUUAGCGUACAUCAAAGUUAACUUUAACCCAUAGACCGUAUAUAUGCGUUAACCUCACAAAAAUGUCCGCCACAAGGUAUAGACGAUUUCUCAAACUCUGCGAAGAAUGGCCAAGGGACGAAUCAAAAAAAGGUCGUGAUUUAGGCACGUUCCUUCGACAGAGAGUAGCGCAUGCAUUUCGUGAAGGAGAAAAUACCCAGUUGUCAGACCCAGAAAAAUGUGACCAGAUGUACGAAAGCUUGGCCCGAAUCAACAGUAACAUGUACAGGGAAAAGUUUCCUCGAGCAAAGGACACAAGUUUCACAGGUGUUACAGUUGAGGAGUGUCGGAUGUUGUUAUCAACAGAUACAGUAAGUGGUACUUCAGUCCUUAAAGGACAUGGCCAGACCAAAAGGAGAAAAAUGGGAACAUGCAGCAGAUGGACGAGGAGAAGAAGGGUUUGUGGAAGACCCUGAUGGAACGAUUCUCAUCAAAGCCUGAGGAGACCCCUGAAAAGCCCACUGAAAAGUAGUUUGCCAAUGUUCUUUCUGUAUAUUUUACCUGUUUCUUGGUCCAAGUAUAAAUAAAAAAAUAUUGUAAUUAAA